AUGAUGGGGGUAUUUCUAUUCUGUGGGGGCUGUGAGCUCAGCGAGUUUGUUUCUGUCUCUAUAAUCCCCUCUCUCUGGGCGCCAGCAUAUAAAACACAGGGGGCCGGCCCAAUCUCACACAGACCACCAGUCCCAGCCCAGAGUCUACACUUUUACGCACACACUGCCACAGUCAUCAUGUCCGCCGGGGGAGAGAAAUCCAAGUCUGCUUCUCAGACUGACGGGAAGGCCGCUCAGAACAAGAUGUCAGAGAUGGGCAUGAUGUCCUACAAGAUGUGCGUUUAUGACCAGGAGAACUUCCAGGGUCGCUGCAUUGAGAUCACCGGCGAGUGCAUGAAUGUGUGUGACAUGGGAAUGGAUAGGGUGCGCUCCCUGCGUGUCGACUCUGGACCCUUCGUGGGCUUUGAACAGAUGAACUUCUGUGGUGAGAUGUUCAUCCUGGAGAAGGGCGAGUACCCCCGUUGGGACUCAUGGAGCAACUGCCAGAAGAACGACUACCUGCUGUCCUUCAGACCAGUCCGCAUGGACCCUGAGAAGCACAAGAUCUGCCUGCAUGAGGUCGGAGAGUUCAAGGGUCGUAAGAUGGAGAUCAUGGAUGAUGAUGUCCCCAGCCUGUUUGCCUACGGUUUCACCGAUAGAGUGGGCAGCAUCAUGGUCAGCUGUGGAACCUGGGUCGGUUACCAGUUCCCCGGCUACCGUGGCAGCCAGUACCUGCUGGAGAAGGGCGAUUACAGGCAUUUCAACGAGUUUGGCGCCCGCUCCCCCCAGAUGCAGUCCAUCAGGCGCAUCCGGGACCAGCAGUGGCACCCACACGGCUGCUACACCAUCACCUCCAAAUGA